AAUGCGCACUCUAUCCAAAGUCUCCAAACUCCACAAAGCAACAGGCGAGAGGAGCGCGGCUGAAGCGAGGACGACCACAGCGCUAACCGACAAAACCAGGCGACAGAGACCUUCCAAAGAUGGCAGAGGUUUUUAUUUUACACGCGGACCUCUUGGACACGCAGGGAAAGUGAUUUGUCUUUUUGGUGAGAAUAUUCGUGGGAGGACUUGUGUUUUUCCGCCGUCAAACUUGUGCCUGGGAUCUCAAAGCAGACGCAGCUGGUUUGGAUGUCCCGGGAGUUGGUGACGGGCAGUGAAAGGAUGCCAGGAUGCCCUCAGUGAUCCCGGUCCAUCUGCUGGUCCUGUGGCUGAGCGUUCACAGGCUGGUGUGGUGCACGGAGCGCGCCUCGGCCCGGGAGCGCUUUAAGGUGGUCAUCGCUCCUCUGGUGUGCAAACGGAUCUGCCUCAAAGGACACUGUCAGGAUACGUGCGAGCAGGGCAACAACACCACGUUGAUAGCGGAGAACGGACAGGGGGCGGAUACGCUCAUUGGACAGGGCUUCAGGGUCGUGGUCUGCCCUCUCACUUGUUUAAAUGGAGGAGUGUGCCUUUCGAGAAAGCACUGUCUUUGCCCCCAUGGCUUCACAGGACGUCUCUGCCAGUUCCCCCUCCAGCAGACACACCAUCCCCAGGCAGCACGGGGCAACAAGCAGCCAGUCUACCCCACAUCACUCAAACCAGACAUGCAGAAACAUGGGGACCAGGCUCUGAAUGGGAGGACACAAAUAACACAAACACACUCAGUAUUCACUCUGCCGGGCGGACACCCCUCAUCUGAAGUGCAGAUAAAUGUGCGGGUUCACCACACACCAGGGACCUCAGUGGUCAUACAACCCUUUGACCAGGCAGACACCAAACCUCCGGUGAAGACCAGCCCACGAGUGCCACUUUCAAGGCACAAACCAAAGGGCCGCUGCUUCCAGGAGACCACGCCCAAACAGGCUUGCAACAGUACACCACUCCCUGUGUUAACCAAUCAAGAGGACUGCUGUGGCACCGUGGGGAACUCAUGGGGACAGAACAAGUGUUACCAGUGCCCCAAAUUACCAAAUGCAUCAGUUAAGCAGAAUAUUGUUGAAGAGUAUGGCUCUACAUGUCCACAAGGUUAUAAAAGGUUUAACAGCACUCACUGUCAAGACAUAAAUGAGUGCACAUUGCAGGGUGUUUGUCAGAAUGGAGACUGUCUGAACACUCUUGGCAGCUUCCAGUGUUCGUGUAGAGCUGGAUAUGUGCUGGAGAGGAACAUGUGUGUGGAGUCUCCCAUGGAGCUAGGCCAGUGCUUUAGGAUGGCGUCUGAGUCGGGCUGUGAGCACGCGCUGCCCAAUGACCUGACACUGGAGAUGUGCUGCUGCACUGUGGGCGCAGCCUGGGGCCGCAACUGUGAGAGAUGCCCCCAGGAGGGCACUGUGGCCUUCAAUAAGAUCUGCCCUGCUGGGAAGGGCUACUUCAUCAAAAACUUCAGAGAGACCUUGGUUUUUAUUAGUGAAGAAACUAAAUGGACAGAAACAACUCAGCCAGCUCCCACAAGCUCUAGUACUCCCCGUGUUCCUGUUGUUAAACCCACUCCUCCAGCCAUUAUCAGAGUUCCUCCAGGCAAUGACCCCUUCGAAACACAAACCAAAGUCUCACCAGACACAGACGAGUGCAAGAUGAGCAGGAACAUUUGUGGUCAUGGAGAGUGUGAGAACAGCCUGAACGGCCACAUCUGUCACUGUCACCCAGGCUAUCAUCUCAACCCUCUGAGAAACAUCUGCGAGGAUGAUAAUGAAUGUGAGUCUGAACCCUGUGGUCAUGGCAGAGGUUACUGUCUCAAUGUGGAAGGAAGCUACAAAUGCCACUGUCGCCAAGGUUACAAACAUAUAGUACAGCACGGCCGGCUCAAGUGUGUAGAUGUUAAUGAGUGCACCCGACCUGAGAUCUGUGGACUGGGGGGAAUUUGUGUGAACCUCCCUGGGUCUUAUAAAUGUGAAUGUCAAAGCGGCUUUAAGAGCAAGUCCCCGCGCCAUCCUGCCUGUGAAGAUAUAAAUGAGUGCUUGAGUCCAGACACCUGUCCCAAUGAACAGUGUGAGAACACCCCAGGAUCAUAUGAGUGUGUGCCCUGUCUGCCGGGACAUGAGGCCAAAGGAGGCAUCUGUUAUGAUAUAAACGAAUGUCAGAAGCCUGGCAUCUGUCCUAAUGGUCGGUGUGAAAACCUCCCCGGGACUUACCGCUGUCUGUGUAAUGAAGGAUUCCUCCCAUCUGCAGACAGCAAAGGAUGUAGUGAUAUUAAUGAGUGUGAGGAUUCUCGACUUUGUGCCUACGGACGUUGCAUAAACACAGAGGGCUCCUUCCAGUGCCAGUGCUACCCUGGAUACCAGCGCACACAGGAGGGCAGCCACUGUGAAGAUAUUAACGAAUGCGAGCGACCAUCGAACUGUCAGAGGGGACACUGCAUUAACAGUAUGGGGUCCUAUCACUGUGAAUGUCCCAAAGGAUUCUCUCUGGUGGGAGGCAGGAGAUGCCAAGACAUAGAUGAGUGUACAAAAGACAGGAGCUUGUGCCAGCCCUUCGGAGUCUGUGAAAACAGACCUGGCUCCUAUGUGUGUGUUUGUAAUCACGGAUAUGUCCUGUCAGAGGACAAGCACAGCUGCGAGGCAGUUCGAGUAGUGAUGGAUGAGAAGAAAGAGUGCUAUCUGAACCUGGAUGACACGGUUUUCUGUGACAGUGUUUUGGCCACGAAUGUCACCAAACGGGAGUGCUGCUGCUCCAUCGGAGUGGGUUGGGGUGACCACUGUGAGAUCUACCCCUGUCCUGUGUCUCACUCAGCUGAGUUCCUCUCUUUAUGUCCCCAUGGUCAAGGCCUCUACUCUGAAGAGGGACUCCAGUACAGCCUGCCUGUCUAUCAUGAUAUUGAUGAGUGUGCUCUGUUUGCUGAGGAAAUCUGCAAAAAGGGUCGCUGUGAGAACACGCUGCCUGGUUACGAGUGCUAUUGUCAACAAGGUUUUUACUACGACAGCAAUCUUCUCGAGUGCAUUGAUGUGAAUGAAUGCCAUGACGAGUCACUCUGUACUAAUGGUCACUGUGUUAACACUGAUGGAUCUUUCUUCUGUAACUGCAACUUGCCCUGGACUCCUGAUUCAAAUAAGAAAAAAUGUGUACUUGAAGCAGUAGCAGGUUUAAAUGAAUGUCAAGAUCCUGCCAACUGUAAGAAUGGUCACUGUGUGGACACUCCAGGCUCAUACUAUUGCAUCUGCUCACCGCCCUGGACCUUGGCCACGGACCGCAACAGCUGUGUAACCCCUGAAGAGCAGGCUGAUGUGAAUGAGUGCCAGGACCCCUCGUACUGUAAGAAUGGGAGGUGUGAGAACACGCCAGGCUCCUUUCACUGUUUUUGUGACCCUCCGUUCACCUUCAGUGCUGCUCAGAAACAGUGCGUCUAUGACGAUCGCACAGCGGCGCACAAGGACGUGUGUUUCAAUCAAGUGGAUGAGGGAUUGAUCUGCAGUGAUCCCACGACAGCCAUGGUCACAUACUCUGAGUGCUGCUGUCACUUUGGCCGUGGCUGGGGUCCCGAGUGCAACACCUGCCCCCAACGACACUCAGAGAUGUUUAACCGCCUCUGUGAGAUGCAUCUAGAAACUGAAUCUGAUGGGGAGCAGGACUUUUUGGCAGCUUUUGCUAACUACAACCCAGGUGACAGUUCUGAGGAGGACUCUGAUGAAUGCAGUUGUGCGAAUGGACGCUGUGUCCGUUCCUAUCUUGGCACCAUGUGUGAAUGUAACUCAGGCUUCAGGCUAGACCACUCCCGCACUCGAUGUAUAGACAUUGAUGAGUGCGGUGAGCCUGGAGUCCGACUCAGUCCGUGUAAAAAUGCUCGCUGUGUGAACACGGCCGGCUCAUACAAGUGCUACUGCAAACACGGAUUUGUGCCCACACGAAGAUCCAACAUCUGCAUUCGCAGAAGAAGCCGAUAACCUCCACCAAUUAUCCACACAACUCACCCCCACGAGGCAAAAGCUGCACCUGCCUCUUCACAACUGGGACAAUUCAAUAAGGCCUUCAGUCAUUGACGCAUGAACAGACUUUUAACACAAUCAUUUGUUGAUUUUGUAAUUAUUGUUUGUUAGUGUUUUUGUUAGUGUUUUUUAAGCUUCAAAUAUGCACUUUUGUAAUUGUCAUUGAUCUGUUGUUCCUAUGUUAGCCAUGUCACAGUUUUAAAACACAAGACUUACUUUCUUUGUAAGUCUAUAUUUAAUAUUACAUUCCUGUAGCCGUCUACCUUGUAAUUUGUUUCAUGUUUUAUUUGCAAGUUUCUGUUUAAACUUUGUUUUGUAAAAGAUGUACAGUACAGUUGAGCAAGUGCCUUUUGAUUAUGCAUCAUAAUGGACAAGCAGAAGUUCUUUAUGAGUUUGUUAGCUAUAGCCAUAAGGUCAUGCACUUAGCAGAGAGGAUUCCCAAAAAUAGUUGGUCAAGUAGCUUUUUCUAAUCAGUUUGACAUCUGUUUCAGGAUUGUUACAUCAAGUUAUUUACAAAACCAAAGAAUUUAAAUUAAAAAGAAAGAUGUCAAAAUUUAA